AUGCUCAAUUCACCACCUCUUUUCUUAUAUCCAUUAAAACAUGUAGUAUGCGGACUGAUGAAUAAAACGAUUAGACCAGUUGGUCUGGUUGAUGCCAGUUGGCCGGAAUUGGAAAAUUAUUACCGCACACAGCGAUUUUAUACACACGCUAAACCGGAAGAUCAAACAUUUGACCGAAACGAGGAGCUCGGUGGUAACCUGGAAUCGAACACUCUGCAACAAUCUAUGCAGGCCAGUGCCGCCAUUCGGUGCUAUAGACGUCAAUUGCUGGUCAGUCUCAGUGCCCGGGUUCAGCUCCCUUUACUCACACUAAUGAACAUGGAUGAAUGUCCGGCCACACUGAUCGAGUCGGCUAUCGGAGCGAACCCGAUGGUGGGCAAGACUAGUGUGGCCGAAUAUCCGUACCAUCGACUCUCGAAUCCGGCCACUCCACCAUUGAUCCACUCACUGGCACCCAGUCAGGAUUUGAUGGCGGAGCUGCUGAAGCAUAUCACGCUGCUUAACGAAGAACUGUGGAAAGGAUUUGCUAUUGUAUAUGAAAAUGAACGAGGUUUGUUCUAG